AAAAAAACUCGAAUAGGGCUAAAAUAUGUAUUUCAUUAUUCUUAGCCCAAAAACUCAUCUCGACUCUCCCACACCCUGUCUUCCGCCUCCAAAAUUCCGUAUUGUUAUAGUCUCUUUACUCCGACCUGAGCUGAUAUUUUCUCCGUACCCCUUACAAAAUGAGGAAGCUCAAGUUUCACGAGAAUAAACUGUUAAAGAAAGUCAAUUUUUUGGAAUGGAAGAGAGAAGGCGGCCAGAGGGAAAAUUUUGUAAUCCAUCGCUAUCACGUCACCGGCAGAGACGACUAUAAAAAGUACUCGAGUUUGUGUAGAAUGGUGCAGAAGCUAGUGAACAUUCUGAAGCAGAUGGAUGCCAGAGAUCCUUACAGAGUUGAUAUGACUGAUGCGCUUCUUGAAAAGCUGUACAACAUGGGCGUUAUACCGUCUCGUAAAAGUUUAGCUUUGUGUGAGCGGUUGUCGGUAUCAUCUUUCUGCCGGCGUAGGCUUGCCACUGUUUUGGUGCGGCUGAAGUUUGCAGAGCACUUGAAAGAAGCAGUUACAUAUAUUGAGCAGGGGCAUAUUCGUGUGGGACCUGAUACUGUUACAGACCCUGCAUUCCUUGUCACGAGGAACAUGGAAGACUUCAUAACAUGGGUCGAUACAUCAAAGAUAAGGAGGAAGGUCUUAGAGUACAAUGACAAGUUGGAUGACUAUGACGCCAUGAACUAAUGGUUUUUACUCUCACUACCACAUUUUGUGCCCUAUUUCGUCCUUGAACGACAUUUCAUUGAGAAAUAUGUUUGCUUUUGAAUUAUUAUAUAUGUUUUUUGUUUUCUUGGUUAUGUCUUUUGCUUUUGUGUUAAUUAGACUAUAUUACCAAUGACCAGUCUUCCUUUGGAUAUGUUAUGUGAAGUCUUCUCUCAUAGUAUUUUUUUACCACCAUAGACCAGUCGUGUUGAGGAAGUUAACCAUUAAAUUCUUUAAACGAAGUCUGUUCACUUGAAAUAGUAGAACUUUUGAUUGAGAGCUUAAGUUUGCCGACCUUCCCUCUUGUGCACACGAUGGGCACUGUUAAAUAUAUCUAUUUGUUGAUGUGGUAGGAGAUUAAUGGACUAUACUAAGACUCGGUAGUUGGUUUGAGUGUGGUUGAGUUUCUUAUAUGUGUUGAAUGAACACAUUUUACUGUGAUUGGCCUUGAUAUAAUCAUUUCUCAAAUUUAUCGUGGGGGAGAAAAAGGUAAAAACUA